CAGAAUUCUAAGAUGUGGAGGCAAAUAGUGCUGUAGGUGAAAACAUAAUGUGAUAACUACACAAAAUGGUGUACUUAUUAGUGUAAAGAAGUCUUCCAAAUUUGUAGCUAUUAUAAAGUUGUUACAUAAGUGUUCAUAAUAAAAAUAAAUUGUGUAAUAUCAAUGUCUUCCCGUUGAGGUCAAUUUGUGACAUAUCGGUUAAAAAAAAUUGGGUGAAUAAAGUGUACAAUUGAAAGCGAUCCAAGUCGAAUAAUAAUAAAAAUGAUUAAUCUGAACCGGUUCAAAAUACCCCCCCUGAAGAAUGCUUUGGAUGUGGCGAUGCAGACGGUUCGCCAACAGAUGCCCGAUAGACCGGGGCCACCACCACGUCCCCCACAAAACGUACGAUUCGCAAACUUAGACAACAUGGACGAGAGCUGCGAGCUAUCGACCAUGAACGAGACCACAUCGCCUACGUACCAGUCUACUAACCCCACGAAUCCGUUCCUCAGCGGCAACCUGCAGGCCGAGGAUUCCUUCACCAGCUACCAGAACACGUACCCGCAGCAAGAUGGUGCGCCACGAACACAGAGUAUGCAAAGUGUUGACUUCUACGCAUCAUCUGAAGAGGGUGGUUUCGAAGAAGGUGGAGGUAAACCUGGAACCAAGAUUAAUGAAUAUCAAGCCGCCUGGAACGUCACCAAUGCAAUUCAGGGAAUGUUCGUCGUGUCUUUGCCUUUCGCUGUUCUUCAAGGCGGCUACUGGGCCAUCGCCGCCAUGAUUGGUAUCGCCCACAUUUGCUGCUACACCGGCAAAAUCCUCGUCGAGUGCCUCUACGAAGACGACCCCGUCUCCGGUCAACGCGUCAGAGUCCGUGACUCUUACGUGAGCAUCGCAAAAGAAUGCUUCGGCAGAAAGUACGGCGCUCGGAUAGUCAACGUGGCCCAAAUCAUUGAACUUCUCAUGACUUGCAUCCUGUACGUAGUUGUUUGCGGAGACCUCAUGAUCGGCACUUUCCCCGACGGUUCCAUUGACACCCGUUCCUGGAUGAUGCUCACGGGGAUAUUUCUUCUCCCUUUAGCCUUUUUAAAAUCCCUGGCUUCCGUCAGUAUGCUCUCAUUCUGGUGCACAAUGAGCCAUCUCAUCAUCAACGCUAUCGUUCUUGGCUAUUGCAUUCUGUAUAUUGGCGACUGGGGAUGGUCGAAGGUGAAAUGGAGUUUGGAUUUCGAGAACUUCCCCAUAAGUUUAGGCGUUAUCGUUUUCUCUUAUACGUCGCAGAUAUUCUUGCCUACUCUCGAGGGCAACAUGGAAGAUCGGUCCAGAUUCGAAUGGAUGUUGAACUGGUCUCAUAUCGCAGCUGCCGCGUUCAAAUCGAUCUUUGGUUACUUAUGUUUUUUGACUUUCCAAAACGACACCCAACAAGUUAUUACUAACAAUCUCAGAUCAUCUGGAUUCAAGGGGCUUGUCAAUUUCUUCCUUGUCGUUAAAGCGGUGUUGAGUUAUCCGUUGCCGUAUUAUGCCGCUUGUGAUUUGUUAGAAAGGGCUCUUUUCAGGGGUAAGCCUAAAACAUUGUUCCCUGUAAUUUACGCUCUAGACGGGGAGUUGAAAGUUUGGGGGUUAGCUUGGAGGCUAGGUGUUAUAAUGUUCACGAUCUUGAUGGCGAUUUUCAUUCCUCAUUUCGCUAUCCUUAUGGGUUUCAUCGGCAGCUUCACUGGCACUAUGUUGAGUUUCAUAUGGCCCGCGUAUUUCCAUCUUAAGCUGAAAGGCAAUCAACUAGAGAGCACCACCAUUGCUUAUGAUUAUUUCAUCAUCGCUUUGGGUGUCCUUUUUGGUGUCAUCGGUAUGUAUGAUUCCGGUUCAGCUCUCGUAAAAGCUUACAAAAUAGGCUUACCAUUCUAAGUCGUCAAUGUAGUUUAUAUAGUAGAUAAGUAAUUGUUGAUCUAUUUUUAGAUUUACGCAUACUUCGUGAAUAUGUAUUUACUGCGCAACAAUCACUAGCGAACAAUAUUAUUGUUGAAGGUACGGACGAUUUAGAAUAUGAAGUGUUUUAUUGCGAUUAUAUAUUAAAAAAGGUUAAUAAACGCUCUCUGUAUUAGGCAAAUUAACCAAAUACUAUUUAUUCGAUCGUAUCACGCAUGUCUUCCAUUGCAGAAUAGAUUUUUUAUAUAUGUAUAUAGAGUGUAAUUUUGAAGUUAGCUAUUAAUUUAUACAAUGAAAUGAUCAUACAGUCUUCCAUGAUUAUUAUACAUUUAUUGAUAUUAUAUUAUGGUAUAUAAUAUAACAACGAAGUCUUCCAAUAACAUCACUUGCUAGAGGGACAUAGUUUCCUAUAAUAAGAAAAAAUAUCUGCUUAAAAGAAUUGAUUGAUUGCAGACAAUAAAUUGGAUAAUUACUAAUAAAUUAAAUUAUUAAUUAAAUAUUUAUAAUUUAUAGUGGUUAUAUAAAUAUACAAAUAAAAAAAUAUCUGUCUUCCAUGAGAUUAAUAAAGGGCUAUGUAAUUUAUUUUAGAUUAAACAAAUGUGUCGUUUUUGAAUAAUUUUCUUAGAUUUUCUUAGGUAUAUACAUACUUUUAAAUUUAACUUAACAUUAAGCAAAAGCCUAUUACUGACUCAAGUCAAUGUGUUGUAAGUUAUUUACUAUAUACUUAAUUUACAAAACUUUAAAACAACAAAAAUUUAUAAUUAUCCCGUAGAUAUGUUAUGUUUAUAUUAUUCAUAUUAAAUAUUUUAAUGUUCAAGGUCGACUAAGAAAACUGUUCUCGUAUUUUUAAGCACUUUUUAUUUACAAAGAUUAUUUACUAUAGCAAAUCAGAACGCUUAAAAUAUUUAAAUAGGUAUAAAAAAAGAAUUAGGUAAUAUACUUCAGAUUGCGUAAUAUAAUCUUGGUAAUUGCUUAUUAUGAUUAAACUACUAAGUUGUUCAUUAUUUAUAUUACAGUCAAAUUAGCAAAUAACGGAUGCAUUUUAUAAAUAUCAACACAAAGUUAUUUCAAUUACCUAAGAGACAUAAAACUUUAAAACCCGUACUUUUUCAAUAGUCUUAUUUAAUAAAAAUGCUUUAUUUGUUAUUCCUACGGUAGAAUUUUUUAAACAUUUUUUUGAGAAUAUAUAAAUACAGCCCGUCCCACGGCGUUGUCACACGGAGGGAAAGUAUAUUAAUUAAAUAUUGAUAUUAUCUUCCUCUCAUUUAAAAUCCUAUGAUAUUUAGAAAGAAAUAAUACUUGUGAUUUAACCUUUCGACGGUUAUAUCAUAAAAUACGUCAUGUGUUUUAAUUCACAUUUCACAAGUUAGAUUUCCGGUUGUGACAGGUGAUUUUUAAAAAGUCUAUAAGUGCAGUUCUACUUAAUAUUAAAAAUAAAAUGUCUUCUUUCAGUAAAAUAUCCUAUCUUUAAUAUUUAAUAUACUUGCCCUCCGUGUGACAAUGCCGUGGGACACCCCGUAUAGGGAAAAUUCUACCGUAAAUUGAAUGAAACCUCGAUCAAUAUGUCAUCCAUUUUUUUCGUUAUUUACACAAAUAUUUUGAUUUUAAAUCAAGCUAGUAAAUAUUAUUCAUUAGCUUUAUUCAGCUUAGGUACUUAAUUAGUAGUUUUAAUUUAAACUUCUCGGCGAAAAUCUUGAGCAACGAUCAUAGAAAAGAAUCCUGUGCAUUAGCAAUUUUAUAUGUAUACAAAAAUGUCUAUUGUACAAGUUCAUUUGUCUGUGGUUUUGCUGAAAAAGUUUGCCGCAACCUAUACCAGUCUUCCAAUUGAAACUUGUAUCUAUUUGAUUUAAUUGUAUUGUUGUUGAUAAUUAUUAUUAUGAUUAAUAAAAAAAAAAAAUUGUAGAUAACUUUUACUAUAAAUGUUAUUUAGAUUAGUAACUUAUUCGUAUAAUCGAAUUGGAGUGUGAAUUGAAUAAUGUAAAUUGAUUAAUCGUGGUUUUGAUUAUUUGUAAAGAUAUACAAUUGAUUUAUCAAUGCAAUGGAAAUAAUUAAGGCUUGCUGACCAGGGGGCCUAACGGAAAUGCUUUGGAAAA